AGCUUUGUCAAUUAGUUGUCAGUCACUCGCUAACUUUUUAACUCGUUUUAGUUUCAACUCCUAAUUCAAUUGUGUAUUCUAUAUAAACUCUCAACAGCUUACUCAUUCAUCCUCUUUCUCUCUCUAACACAAACACUUCUUCACGUCUUUCACACUCAUUCUCUCUCCAGUUUCCUCUCAAUUUCUCUAUUCAAUUUCAAGCCGUACCUUCAUUCAUCUUCAUUAGAGGGAAAAAGUUGUAAUCAAUUACAAAUUCAGCAAUUUUUUUUCUAGCAUUUGCCUUCAAGGAUCGUCGCUUUAUAAUUUGAUUUCAAUCCUUUAAUUUUCAAUCAAUUUUCAGGUACUAGAUCUUCUAAAAUAAAGAGAUGAACGAACGAGUCUACCCAAGAGAAUCACCACCGGUCUCAGGUGAACACUCAAAUGCAAAGCUAAUGAUGGAGUCACCAUCAUCUGCACCAGUAUCAGGUGAACACCACGGACGAAACAUGAGUCAGGACUCCUUUACCUCCUCCAAAAUGAGUUACCCCGGCUAUAAUUACGGGCCAAACCCAGGAACCUAUGUGGUGCAAGUCCCCAAGGAUCAAAUAUACCGCAUCCCUCCACCAGAAAAUGCCCACAAAUACAAGCUAUACACCAAAAGGAAGGCCCGGAAAGGCGGGUGCAGAUGCUGUGUGUGCACAAUUCUUGCUGUUAUACUCAUCCUUGCUUUGCUACUCGCGGUUACUGGCGCAGUUCUAUAUCUCAUCUACAAACCCAAGGCUCCUAGCUACUCCAUUGAAACCGUGCGUGUUAAAGGGAUCAAUCUUUCAAGUGCUAGUACAUCUGCCACAAUAUCCCCAGUUUUUAACAUAACAUUGAAAACACAGAAUAAUAAUGGUAAAAUCGGAGUAUAUUAUGAACAAGGCAGCUGGAUUAAGAUUUACCACGAUGGGGUAAAUCUCUGCAACGGUAAAUUACCGGCUUUUUACCAGCCACCUAAAAGUGUAACGGUAUUUUCAACGGAGUUAAGUGGCGCUGGGAUCGUGUUGUCCAAGUCAGCACGCGACAAGUUACUUACGGAACAAAAGAGAGCCAAGGUGCCAUUAGAAAUCGACGUUAAGGUUCCAGUGAAGAUAAAGAUUGGGUCUAUUAAGACAUGGACCAUUUCUGUUGGGGUUUCAUGUGAUGUAACGGUUAACGCGUUAACGGCGAAUGCCAAGGUAGUGUCUAAAAAUUGUAAGGUCAGCGCCAAGCCUUGGUGAAUAUUUUUGCGGCAUAAUUGGUGGAUGGUGGGACCCAAGAAAGAGAAUGGUGUUUAAUUUAUCCAACCUUGUGUUACUUUGUUAUUUCUUUAAUUUAUUGUUUGGGAAUGUUUUUUUAAAGUAUUGGAUGUGGAUAUUUGGCUACUGAUUAAUGUGUUACACACAACUGGGGAUGUUUUUCCGACGUAAAGAAGGGGAAAACGGGAAAAAGGUAGAUUAAAAUUUGAGGACAUGAUAUUAUAUUUAUUGUUAUCAUAUACUUGUACAAUUUUAUGCAAUAAAAUUGAUGAAUGCUUAUCAGUCGUUCUAACAGGAUAUAUAAUUAUGAGGUUAAGGAAAGAGUUUAAUAUUGUUGAAAUGAUAAAUUGUUCAAAUAUUAAUUAUGGAAUAAGUAAUUGUAAAGAAAGUUUUUUUUCCUAU